AUGUUUUUUACUUCUAGGGAAAAGUUUAAUAGAUUAGCCUUUCAGCCUGUUAUUAUGGCUGCUGGUACUGGGUCAAGAAUGACUGACUUAACUGCAAGCAUUCCAAAAGCUUUACUAACUGUGGGAAACAAACCCAUGAUUUGGUAUUCGAUCCACAUGUGUCAAAGGGUAGGAUUCCAAGAUGUAAUUGUAAUUGUACUUGAAUCAAAACGGACCCAAAUAGAAAAGGCACUGAAAAUUCCUGGAGAUAUUAGCAUAAAAAUUGACUUUGUUGGUAUUCCUGAUGAUGAAUAUAGUGGUACUGCUGACUCUUUGCGACGUAUCAAAAACAAAAUUAAGAGUGAUAUAUUGGUUAUAUCAUCAGAUCUGAUUACAGACAUGAAAAUGGAGCACAUGAUUGAGUCAUUCAUGGCCUAUGAUGCAGAUGUUGGUGUGCUGUUAUCCCCACUACCAAAAGCAUUUAAUGAAACUCAGGCACCUGGAGUGAAAGUGAAAAAACAAAAAGAAAAAGACAUUGUUGGUUUGGAUAAAAAUGAACGGCGUUUGUUGUUUUAUUCCAACGAAGCUGAUUUUGAAGAUGACAUAACUCUCAAAAACUCAUUUUUGAAGAAAUGUCCAUUUGUAAAACUAAGGAAUGAUUUGACUGACUGCCAUAUGUAUUUUCUAAAAAAGUGGAUUUUUGAUUUUCUUUUAGAUAAAAAGAGCAUGAGUACUUUAAAAGGAGAUUUGAUUCCUUAUCUAAUUAAUAAGCAGUUUGUGAAACCACCACAGUUAGAGAAAAAAGAUAAUCCAUAUUCAACUGACAGUAUGGAAAUUGGGUCAUAUAUGUCAGAUGUUCAAAAGAAAGAUAUUUUUAGUUACAUCCCCGCUGACAUAAUGGCUGAAGCAAAGAAAUUAUCACUCAGUUCUUCCCGUCCAGAUAAUUACUUAAUUCAUGAUGAGAAAAUCCUUUGUUUGGCUUAUAUACAAAAUUCUGGUUUCUGUGUCAGAACAAAUACAAUAGCCAAUUAUGCUGAAGCAAAUAAACAGAUUUAUGAUCACUUUGAGGCUUUGGCACCAGAUCUGAAAAUACAAAGGGUUCCUAAAGCAUAUGAAAAUUUAAAGACCAUUACAAAAAGCCUUCUUGGGGAUAAUUCAUCUGUUGGCCAGAAUGUUAUUAUUGCAGAAUCUGUUAUUGGUCCACAGUGUCAGAUAAAAGAUGAUGUCAAAAUUAAAAAUUCUAUAAUAUUGGAUCAUACCAUCAUUCAUAAAGGUAGUAAAAUUGAAAACUGCAUUAUUUGUGAUAAUGCAUUUAUUUGCUCUAUGUGUGACCUUAAAUCUACUGUGGUUGGAAGUUGCAGAAAAAUAGAAGAAUCAGUUAAAUUAAAAAAUGAAACCCUUGUAGAUGCUCAAGAAAUGAUGGAAAUCUGA